GUUGGUUCUUUUUUCCUUGCUUCGUCUCUGCAUUGUCUCUGCACUCACAAUUGUUGACAAUUGUUAAACGUCGCAGUUCGUUGAAGAGAAACAGCUGCUGUGUUCCCCGCAAAAGUUACCCCAGCUUUCCCCUCACAAGUCCGAGCUAUGGCCCUGAGCGCACGAACUGCUGCGAGAGCUCUGCGAGCUGCGAAGCCCUCAGCUACUCGUCCUUUCGCAUCUGUGCAAGCAUGCAGCUACUCCUCGUCCCCCGAACCAACACUUAAGGAGACGUUUGAAAAGGUCCUGCCUGCGAAGCGCGAACUGCUGAAGAAGGUCAAGGCCCAGGCCGACAAGAAGCUCGGUGAAAUCAAGGUUGAGAAUGCUUUGGGUGGUAUGAGAGGCCUCAAGGCCAUGGUCUGGGAAGGCUCGGUCCUCGACGCCAACGAGGGCAUUCGCUUCCACGGCAAGACCAUCAAGGACUGCCAAAAGGAGCUGCCCAAGGGCACAUCUGGCACUGAGAUGCUGCCUGAGGCCAUGUUCUGGCUGUUGCUUACAGGAGAAGUCCCCUCAGUAUCGCAGACACGUGCCCUGUCGCGAGAGUUGGCAGAGAAGGCUCAGAUACCCAAAUUCGUCUCGCAGAUGCUCGACAACUUCCCUAAGGACCUCCACCCCAUGACCCAGUUUGCCUGUGCCGUCUCCGCGCUGAACUACGAGUCCAAGUUCGCGAAGGCGUACGAGAAGGGCAUCAACAAGGCUGAUUACUGGGAGCCUACCUUUGACGACUCCAUUAGCCUGCUCGCCAAGCUGCCUACCAUUGCUGCGAAAAUCUACCAGAACGCUUACCGUGGCGGAGGUGCUCUGCCCAACGAAGUCGACCUUGACCAGGAUUGGUCGUAUAACUUCGCUGCCAUGUUGGGCAAGCCUGGCAAGGAGAACGAGGGCUUCCAGGAUCUUCUCCGCCUGUACCUUGCUCUGCACGGCGACCAUGAAGGUGGUAACGUGUCUGCGCACACCACGCACUUGGUCGGCUCUGCCCUCAGCGACCCCUUCCUCAGCUACAGCGCUGGUCUGCAGGGUCUUGCUGGCCCACUCCACGGUCUCGCUGCCCAGGAAGUGCUCCGCUUCAUUCUCGACAUGCAGAAGGCAGUUGGCGAGAACUUCAGCGAAAGCGACGUGAACAAGUACCUCUGGAGCGUCCUGAAGUCUGGGCGUGUCAUUCCUGGAUACGGUCACGCGGUGCUCAGGAAGCCUGACCCGCGUUUCCAGGCACUUAUGGAUUUCGCCGACGCUCGUCCCGAGGUCGCAGCCGAUCCGGUCUACCAGCUCGUAAAGAAGAACUCUGAGGUGGCUCCUGGUGUACUCACGGAGCACGGCAAGACAAAGAACCCCUUCCCCAACGUCGACUCGUCCUCUGGUGUGCUCUUCCACCACUACGGCUUCAGAGAAACACUCUACUACACGGCUACGUUCGGUGUCAGCCGUGGUCUUGGGCCGCUCGCACAGCUCAUCUGGGACAGGGCGUUGGGCCUGCCCAUCGAGCGACCCAAGAGCAUCAACCUCCAGGGCAUCUUGGACCAGGUUGGCGCCUAGAAAAGGUCGAGCUUCGGCUCCCUAAAACAGCAUGUUAUGUCGAUACCAAAUUUUCAGCGUUGCGCCAAUGAACAAUAGACUCUAGAAGAACAACGAGGAGUCAUCACGAUAACCUUGCGUGAACAAGUGUGACUUGCUUGUACACAGUAAGAGAGCAGACUCGAAAAGCUCGC